AUGUCUCGCGUCAUACUUGGACCCCUGCACGCCAAGACAGUGGUCCUGACCGGAGGGGCAGUCAUCACGGCCUUGACAGGCAAACAAUACGCCUCACCCCAUGGAGACCCCGGAACAGUCAUUGAAGCAACGAAGAACUUCAAAGACUUACAGAACUUGCAAACAGAUGGCUUUUUUGAUCCCAUUGCUGGCGAAAAACCAGGGUGGCCGGAUAUGCUGGUGGCCAUCCCAACCACCCUCCUCUCUGUACUACCUGAAAGACACUGCUCCUUUUACUCUCUAGGGCUGGGGUCUGAGUGGCGUGGGACUUCUCGCCGGCGUGACCCUGAACAGGGUGGCGGCGAAGGAAGUCUCAGCCGCCCCGUGAAAAAGCGCUUCAAGGCAACCAUGAUGGCGGUAAUAUCCGUUCCCUCUCUGUGCCUUAGCCUUGUCGGAAAUAUGGUUCAUGAAGCGGGCAGAAAGUAUGAUUGGCUGAUUGUCAACGCGUAUAUCGGAACGGCUGCUGGGCACGACGCGAGCUGGGGAGGUGCUGUUGCCCGGUGGACCGACGAGUUUGAAAACGCUUUGAUGUAUCUCGGCUUACCAGUGGGCUCAGUCUGUACCUUGAUCAGGUACUAUUGCUUCGCGACCGACCUCAUGCAUGACGCGUUGCUGGGGCGAGAAUUGUACUGUGGUCUUUUGGUCCGGGGAACGGCGGUAUUCUUUUGA